AUGUCUACUACUUUUGAGCAUGAACAUUUGGGCCAGCUAAGUGGAGUUGGAAUUGAUGGAACUGUCCAGUUUCGCGGGCUAAAGUAUGCGUCCCUGGAAAAUCGAUUCGCCCCCCCUCAGCUUGUCACAAGUUACGGAAUAGGCCCUACUAAUGCUUCGAAAUACGGGCCUCCUCCAGUUUCGCCACCCGGGGCCGUCAACAAUGAGUUCGGAUUCAUCCAGCACACGCUUCCGAUUCCAGAUGUUCCGACGCACUCAGAUAUCGAAGGACUAAAUCUAAAUAUCACUGUACCUGUUGGGGUGGAUGGAACAAUUGAUUCAGGCGCAAAAUUACCAGCCUAUGUCUUCAUUCAUGGAGGGGGUUUCGCUGUCGGCUCUAGUUGGUAUCCACACUACAAUGCGACUCCGCUAGUCAGAAUCUCGGUCGCAAAAGGGAAACCAAUUAUUGGUAUCACAAUCAAUUACCGUUUGGGCGUUACAGGCUUCAUGACCUCGGAAGAGCUCCGUCAAGCGGGGUACAAAUCAAAUAAUGGAUUUCACGACCAGAGAACUGCCCUAGAAUGGGUUAAGAGAUUUAUUGGCGGAUUUGGGGGAGACCCUGACGAAAUUACGGUUUGUGGAGAGUCGGCGGGAGCAUUGUCAUCAACUAUGUUGCUUCUAUCGAAAGAGCCGCUGAUGAAGCGAUGCAUGAGCACUGGAGGAGCAGUACUGCUAUUCAAACCAAUCCCUCUUACAGCUGCCGAAUCCGCAUAUCAGAGCGUCAUACAAGCCUUUGAGCUUGCGGAUAAGUCUCCCGAAGAUCGCAUAAACGCAUUGCUCACUAUACCAGUCGACGAAUUAUGGCAGAAGGUUCCAAGAACAAUUCCGUUGAUUCCAGUUAUUGACGGUGACACUGUGCCUGGAGAGCCGAACUUCGUUACCGUCGCAUCCCAGGACGAUGACCCAAACUUUCCAAUCCCAGGUCGGAAAUGGUGUGCAUCUCUCAUGAUAGGAGAAUCUCAGCUUGAUGCCAAUAUCAUCGCCUGGAUGGGCCUUGAUGCGAGAAACCCGGGUAUUGCAUCCAAAUUUGUUGAAUCUGUCAAUAAGACACUCUCAUCGCACCCGGAAGCUGCAUCAACAUUACUCUCCUCGUAUAAAAUAUCGGAGUCCACCAAUGACGAUGAGGCUGUCCUCUCGAUAUUGAAAUUCGCUACCGACAUUAGCUUCUACGCACCCGCGCUUGCCUUUGCCAAAGGCUGGCCCCAAACGAAGGAGAACAAGUUCUUCCUAUACCAUUUCAACGAGGGUAAUCCUUGGGAAGGGAGGUUCAAAGGCGAAGCUGGCCACAUCCUGGACGUUGCUUUUCUCUUCCAAAACUUCAACGAGUUUAUGAACGAAGAACAGAAAGCAGUUGCCCGUGCAUAUGCCGAGGAUUUCGUGGAAUUUGUGAACGGAUCCGAUCCUUGGCCCCCCGUCGAAGGAGGGAAGAUGGGCGCGAGAGUCUAUGGCCCCAGCAGUGCCGGUAUUUCUGCCAAGUACGUUGCAUCGGGGAAUCCGGAAGAAGUAGGACGGCGAACGCACGUUCUCAAACUGGGAGAAAUGGCAGGUUUCGAUUCCAUAUUAGACGUAUUCCAAAACUUCUUCCGGGGUGGUUAGAUCCGUGGCGAUCUGCGGUAUCAGAUCUUGGUUGUGGUACAAGGUGUGCGCGUCGCAAUGCAAAUCUCGGAGUUUUGACAAUUAAG